AUGGAUUCUAAGAAAAUUAACAAUAGUAACGCCAAAGAAUGAGGAGACUCUGCCACUAGAUUUGAUAGUAUCCUGAGAAACAUUUUCAUUCAAAGCUCAGCUAUCCUGUCUGGAGUCACAAACGCUAAGGACUUCUCCGGAGUCUGAGAAGUAGGCACAGGAUGAGAACUUGCAACAAGAAUGUUCACGUCUGGAGUGGUGCAGAAAGGAGCUACUACUUACUUUACUAAUGAAUUGGCUAGGGACGCUAACAAGAGUAUUGCUAUAGAUUUUUUAAACUCAGAUUUAGCUCUAAAUUCAAAAGCAAAAUACGAGCAAAUUGAGAGAUCUGAAUCUGUUGACAUUAAUGAAUAUGCUAAGAAGAGUAGGGGAUUAGAAAGAGAAAAUCCUUCCUCAAAAACCAAACACGUAAAGCUACUAUAUCCAGCCAAGGCAUUCGACUUCUACCUCUGGAUUCUUUCCCUAAAUUUGAUCAACAAUCUUCAAAACACAGCUAAGAGAAGGAUAUCUGGAGAUGCAAAUAAAUGCCGUGGAAGAAUUCAUAGCGGUUUAAUGUAUCGAAAAAUGUAA